AACCCCCUUCUCUCCUUCCCAAAACACAUACCCGUGAGCGUGAGUGAAUUCUCCAUUCUAAUUUCUAUUCUCACACCAUUUUGUCUGUGCCCACCAAUUACUUCUUCAAUUCCCAAUAAAUCAGAGCUACAUACCUUUCUCAUCUCCCAUCCUUUAAUGGCUGCUCUUCGCUCAUUGAACUUUGCUCUGCUCUUUUUAUUUGCAUUCAUAUCCCUCAACUUCUAUGUAAUUCCAACUCGUGCCCUUAACAUUGGCGUUGACGCCGGCGCCGGCCUUUCCCUGGCGAAAGAAUGUAGUAGAACCUGUGAGUCCAAGUUCUGUGGAGUGCCCCCAUUCCUAAGAUAUGGGAAAUACUGUGGAAUUCUGUACACCGGAUGUCCAGGGGAGAAGCCGUGCGACGGCCUUGAUGCUUGCUGUAUGCAGCAUGAUGUUUGCAUUCUAAACAAUGGCAAUGACUAUUUAAGCGAGCACUGCAACAAAAACUUCUUGGCGUGUGUGACAAAAUUCAAGAAAUCUAAGGCCAAGACGUUUAAGGGGAACACUUGCAAAGUUGAUGAGGUUGUGAAUAUAAUCACAGAUGUGAUGGAUGCUGCCAUUAUUGCUGGAAGAAUUUUCAAGAAACCUUAGAAUUAAAGAAUUUAAAAUCCUUUGGUUUGCAUCUUCUUUCAUUUUGAUUAUUUAUUGUCUGUAUGGAUUUUUCUUUUCUCUAUCAGUCUAUUAAUUAUUUAAUUAAGAACAGUUAUUGCAUAUCUUAGAAAGACACUUAUUUAUUUAUUUCAUGCUUAGUUUCUGAGUUAA